AUGGAUGCGAUAAGGAAGCAGCUGGACGUGCUGAUGGGAGCAAACCGUAACGGGGACGUAAGGGAAGUCAAUCGCAAGUACUAUGACCGUGACGUAUGCCGUCUCUACCUCGUUGGCCUUUGUCCUCACGAACUUUUCCAACUCACAAAAAUGGAUAUGGGCCCAUGCCCGAAGGUGCAUUCAUUGCAGCUGAGGAAAGA